AUGGCGCCUUCGCUCGAGAGCAUCGAGCGGGUUCCGAAGGACCAGAUGGAGGCCACGUCGCAGCAGACGAAGAGCACCACCGCUGCCAUCGACAAGUUGUCCUCUGCGGUGGCGGAAGCUCAGGUUCUGGAGGACCAGAUCCGCGUGCUCAAGCAAGCCAAGCCCCAGUGGUGCGAAGACGGCCCAUACGAGGACAAAAUGGGACCAGGCCGCAGUUCUGGUGGUGUUACCGAGAAGAUUGGUGGUAUCGAGAAACGCCUAGCUGAAUUGGCCGAAGCUCAGGCUGUUGCUUCCGCGGCUGCCUCUGUUACAGCUUCGGUUCAUUCCAGUGACAGUGGAGGUGGUCGGAAGCGUCUUCGCGGCAGCAGAGUCAUCAACCUUGUCGACGAAGUUGAUGUCCCCGAUCGGACGAAGAUCUGGAUUCGUGGUUUCCCGAGGCAGCUGCUCAAGACUAAAUUGGAUGCCCAGUUUGAGGAGAUGCAGAAGCUCGUGCCUACCACUCAUCGUGACCGUUGCCUGGCGCGGGUUCGGAACAUGCAGACGGCUAGUGUGACCAAGUUCGGUUCGGAUGUAGGGCCCCAUCUCAACCCGAAGAAACGCGUCAUCAUUCUGCCCGUUGGCCUGGAUCGGGCCGCCGUCGAGUCUUUCUUCCUCCAGGUAGACUUUGACAUCUCCCCGUGCAAGAUUGGAACCAGCGCUCGGUAUCUCGGGAUGUUCAUUGAUCUUGGUCCGCGCUGGGCAAUCCCCGCGCACGUGCUCGCCAACACCGACCAGAUCGGCCUCCCCGUGCAGUUCCGCUCUAUGUGCUUCGAAAGCCAGGCCGCGAUGUACCGAGAGUCCAUCACCUUCUCCCUGUGCUCCGUGCAUGAGAAGUCCCAGAAAAACACGGUCUGCGAGGGGGCCGCCGAGGGGGCCGUUGGAGCCGCCGAGCUCGGCGCCGCGCCCGCCGGGCUGGCCGCCGGGCGCGCUCCUGAGACCGCUGGCAGCGGUGCUAGCGCAGCAGCAGGCUCGCCAGUGCAGCAGGGGUUGGACGCAGUAUACGGCGAGUUCGUCAGGCUCCUCGAGCUCGAUCUGAUCGGCGCCUAUCAUCUCGAGGAGGCCGCGCACGAGUACGUCGGGCGCGGCGUGGCGCCGAGGUUCGACAUGGAGGCGGUGCGGCUCCCAACCAGGGGGCCUUUCGCAAAGGGCUCGGCCGUGGCCACCAGAUGGCGCAAGAUCAGCAUCGUGGUCUGGGAGAUGCUCGAAGCCCGGCGACAGCUCAGGCACGGGGGCCGUCGCGCAAGGUUGUGCGUUCGCUCGGCCGAGCUCCAGGGGCGCGUGGCCAAGUUGUCAGCCCAGGACCUUGGCGCGGACAUGCUCGGACAGAAAGAGGUGAAGUCCAUGAGGUGGCUCCUCCGCAGGUUGGGCCGGCUGCCGUGCGAGGACGUCGUGCGCGCGCAGGCUCGCGCGCGGCGCCAUGCCGAGAAGCUGGAGGUGGAGCGCGGCAGGGAGCGCAGCAGGCUGCCCCUGGCUAGCGAGAUGGCCGACCAGCCAUUUGCCAACUUCCUGACCACCGAGGCUUCGCGGGCCUUCGGGGCAUCUAUCGACAUGAUUGCGGUGCUUCGUGAUCUAUGGGACGAUGACGAUGCUGGCGCACAGGACGCUGAUCUGGCUUACCCGCCUGCUGGCAGUGAAGAUGAAAUUCCCGACGGUCACCACAACGACGACAUGGUAUUGCUCCAGCGUCGCGUCGAGCGCCCGCUAGCGCCAGAGUGGACCUGGGUAGGCAUGUCAUACCCCCUAGGACAGGUAGACGCGUGCCCAGGGUCCAGGAAGCGCUUCGUCUGCACUCAUGGCAAAGGAGUGCCGAAGCUCAGGAGGGCGCCCGCGGACCCCCUCGCCCGCCCCGCCUGCACGGCGCCAGGAGGCCAUCUGCACGUCAAGGGCCGCUUCCAGGAGAUGCAGGCGCGUGGCGCCUUCGUCCGCGCCGCUGCACCCGACUGCCCUGGCAGCGCCCGGGACGCGCUGAAGGGUCGCGACGAGAAGCACUUCCCCAGGCCGCAGCCUCGCGACGAGAACGGAGGCAAGUUCUGUGGCGACAGCCCCGCCCAAAGGCCGCAGCUUCGUGAAGGGGAGAGCGCACAAGGUUCCGAGUGCGCCACGGAGUCCCGAUCGUCGGGCCCGUCUUCCGGCAAGGGCAAAGGCCGCAUGGCGCAGGUGAAGGUCUUCGUCAGGUGGCGUCCUCUUGUGGGCCAGGAGCUCAAGCGGGGCGAUGCCGCUGUGGUUCACGAGUGCGUCAAGGACGGCCGGGGCACCAUGUCGGUCUCCGUGACGAGCGACCGCAUGCCGCGCGUGAAAACUUGGAAAGGCGCCGGCUAUUCAGGCGUCUUCCGCGGGCCGGAGGGCAAUGCCGAGGUGUUCGAUGCUGCCGUGGAGCCCAUGGUUAGCACAAUAUUCAGAGGCAAGUCAGCUUGCCUGUUUUGCUAUGGCCAUACCGGCAGUGGCAAGACGCAUACGGUCCUCGGCUACGGGCCGGAGCUCGGCCUGUACCGCCUCGGCGCGGACAGGAUCUUCGAGGAGCUGGAGAAGGGGCUCCAGCUCAGCGUGCGGUUCGCGGAGCUCCACAACGGCCGUGCCUUCGACCUGCUGGACGGGCGGGCGGAGUGCCAGGUCCGCGAGGACGCCGACGGGGCCGUCCACUUCCGCAAGGACCCGACGGUCUUCCCCGACGGGCGCGUGCGCGUGCGGCCCUUGGCCUCCAUACCUUGCGGAUCCAGCGAGGCCGUGGCCGCCGCCGUGACCCUCGGCUCCGCCCUGCGCGCGGUGGGGUCGUCGUCGCUGCACGACCAGUCCUCGCGGUCGCACGCCAUCUUGGAGAUGGAGGUUGUCUCGGAAGACCUGCUGGCGGCACGAGAGGCCGUGGUUCACGAGGAGUCCCUGCUGGUGCCGCUCGGCAAGGAGCUGGAGGAGCUAAACUUCCAGGCCUCGCAGGGAGCGGACGUGGACCUGGCCGAGAAGGAGGAGCGCCAGGCCCUCCUGCACGAGCAGAAGCAGCUGCUGGACGCCGCCAGGGAGCGGCUGGCCGAGGUCACGAGCGGAGGGCCCCGCGGCCUCGGUGGAACGCUGGUCCUGGUGGACCUGGCGGGGGCGGAGCACGGGAACGACGCCGGGAAGGGCGGUCGAACGCAGACGCCGGAGGAGGUGCGCGAGGGCAAGGAGAUUAACACGUCCCUCCUGCACUUGAAGGAGGUGGUGCGCGCCAUGGCUUCUGGCAGCAGCCACGUCCCCUUCCGCUCCUGCAGGCUCACCAGGGUCAUGCGGCAUUGGCUGCGCCCAGGCUGCUGCUGCUCCAUGGUCUCGAACGUGUCGGGCUCGGACCUUCAGGCAGGGAAGUCUCUGAACACCCUACAAUACGCUGCGCUUGUCGCGUCGGCGGGCGGCUAG